CACCGAAAGCGGCCCCAUCGGACGGAUCGAACCCACCGCCCCGGUUUCGUUCCUCCUCGCCCGUCCCGUCCCGUCGUGUCGCCUCCACCGUCAACCCACCGUCGAGCGGCACCUGGUUUUGCUCCCUCCGCCCUCGCUGACCUCCCGCAUAUAUCCCCGCCUCUCCUGUUGCCUCUUCGUCCCCACCAGUUUGCUUGAUUCAUCCCUCCCUCCCUCCCUCCCUCCCUCUGCUACGAUCCACCGCGUUUCUUUGCGUCUUCUGUAAUCUUUUUGGAGUUGCCUACUGCCAUGGGAGCGGGGAUGGUGGAGCUCGGGCCCGGGAUGGUGGAGGUGGGCGCGGCGGAGGCCGCGCAGACCGUGCCGCCGGCCAAGAGGAGGCGGGUGCUGGCCCUCAAGACCGCGGCGGCGGCGGCAGGAAGGAGGCCGCGGCGCGAGAGGAGGCCGUCCGCCAUCCAGCGGCUCUUCCAGGCCUGCCGCGCCGUCUUCCGGGGCCCCGGCACCGUGCCCGCGCCCGCCGAGGUCGCCCUGCUCCGCGCCAUGCUCGACAGAAUGAGACCAGAGGACGUCGGCCUAAGCUCAGACAUGCCCUUCUUCAGGAAUAGAGAUGCGCCGGCAACCGAAGGGACCCCGGCCAUCACACACACCACCAUAUACAAAUCUGAGAAAUUUUCCAUGGUUCUCUUCUUCUUGCCGACGAAUGCGGUCAUCCCUCUGCACAACCACCCCGGUAUGACGGUGUUCAACAAGCUACUCAUCGGAUCGAUGCACGCAAAGUCAUAUGACUGGGCUGAUCCUGAUGAUCCGCCUAAUGAGAGUGACGCUUCGUCAGCUGACGGUCAAUUGAGGCUGGCACAACUAGUCGUGGACGAUGUUUUCACGGCGCCGUGCGACACGUCGGUCUUGUUCCCGACGGCGGGAGGCAACAUGCACCGGUUCAGGGCCGUCGCGCCAUCUGCGUUCCUUGACAUCCUCGGCCCCCCUUACUCCAUCGAAGAAGACCGAGACUGCACGUACUAUACAGACAUUCCUUACUCCGAGCAUCACAUGACCAGCAAUGAGCUCAUCGGCAACGAGCAAGAAGGCCGGCGUCUCGCGUGGCUGAAAGAGGUCGAGAUGCCGAGGGAUCUGAAGAUGUGCAGCGUCCGGUACGGCGGUCCACCGAUCUCCGGCAGAUGAUCGACCCCCCGGCGGGCGCGGGUCCUUUGAUCCUUUCCUUCCAGCCCUUUGCGACCGAUGAUGAGCUGUCAAGUGUCAACCCAACUCAGACCAGAUGGUGUCAGAAUCGUUGUUCACCUUGUGAAUACAGCAGCAAGCUAGUUAGUUGAGCCAUAAGAAUAGGUCUCAGUUUGUGCAUGAUGUCUCAAUCAGUUAUGGCAGUCUACCAUGUAAGAAUGCUUGCUUGCUUGCUUUUGCAGCAGCUGUGUACGUGGACCUUGUCCAGGAGAUCCCUUUGUUGAUCUUUUUUCAAUACAUAGAUCAUCCAUAGAUUUCACUUGCUUA